AUGAAGCUUCACACUAUUGCUUUAGGCUCUGGCUUGCUCGGCGCGGCCGCUGUCCACGCUGCAAAAAAUGGACUCCCUGUCGAUAAAGUCUACGGAGUGAAUCUCGGUGGAUGGUUACUUAGCGAGCCCUGGAUGAACCCCAAGGAGUGGCUAUCUAUGGGUGGUGAACAGUGCGAUGACUGCUCUACCUGCGCUGCUAGUGAAUUUUCUCUCGUUAAGAAGAUCGGCCAGGCCAAAGCAGACGAAGUGUUUGCGAAGCAUUGGUCGACUUGGUUUACACAAGAAAACGUGGACGCCAUCUCCUCAGCGGGACUCAACACUGUUCGCAUCCCCUUGGGCUAUUGGAUCGUUGAGUCACUUGUGGAUCGCUCCACCGAGUACUAUCCCCGUGGAGGAAUGGCAUACCUCAAAAAGGGGCUUCGUAUGCUCAAAGCCAAGGGCAUCCACGUUAUGUUGGACUUCCAUGCUUUACCCGGCGUCUCGAGCGCCAAUCAGAUGUUUGCUGGACACUGCACCAGCGAUGUCCAGUUCUACACUGAGAAAAACUAUAAACGCGCCUUGGCUUGGGCAGGAGUGAUGACAGCUAUGACUCAUCUGGACCCUGACUUUGCUACCGUGUUCUCGAUCGAGGCUAUCAAUGAGCCUCUCAUGGAUGCUAACCAGACGCCAGGAUACGGCGAUUACCAAAAGCGAUUCGUAAUAGUGGUACGCAUCAUUGAGCUCUUGUUGGGAAUCAAGUGCCCGGACACGGACUAUUCCAAGUUGUACAAGGGCGAUGCGGACACCAAUUCGAUUGAUGUUGGACUGGCUGAAUUGGAUAAAUAUCUGGCCGACCAAGUCGUCAAAGAUGUCGUGCACACCUGCCUCGAGUAUACAGAGGAGAUCUCGCUUCAGUUGGAUCUUAAGCUGAAUCUCCACCCUGUCCGUCGUGCUCUCGGCAUCAGCAUUGGCGUCGGCGGAAGCUCUCUCAGCGGGAUUCCUGAAGCCGAUCUUAUUCAAAUCGGUUCUGGGCACGGUGCCGGCCGCGGUACGAUUGGAGCAAAUGGGAUAAUGCUUGCCGCCCGCUCUGUUCCCGCUUCCGAACCUGUCGUUCCCCACGGAUUAAGCCUGGAGCGCCACAACGCUAAACGCCGGCUUCACCACGACCGUGGUACUUCACUCGGAGUCGGUGUUGGUGUUGGUGUUGGUGUUGGAGUCAGUGUCGGCGUGGGUGUCGGCGCAGGCGCGGGUGUGAACCGCAAAUGUCUAAUGACCUCGUUCCCCAAUAUGCACUGGCAAUACAACAAUCCUCCGAACCCUGCAGACGCUGCUAUCGGUCCUCAGCUGUACGACGCUCACUUGUACUUUUCCUUUGGUGGUGUUGCGGACCCGAACCCCGAGUCUUAUAUGCGAGUUAUUUGCAACACUGAUCGCGUCAAGAACGCUCGUGCUGUCGGUAACAGCCCGCUGGUCUUCGGAGAGUGGUCCCUGGCUACCAACUUUAAUGCGUCCCGAGAAUUCUUGCAGGACUGGGCUGAUGCACAACGAUACAUUUAUGCUGGUGAGGCCGACGGUUGGAUUUUCUGGAGCUUCAAGAUCGAAGAAGGAUCUCCCAAUAUUCCCGCCUGGACUUACUUUGGCGCACGUAAGGAAGGAUACUUCACCAACGACCCUUCCAAGUUGAGCAAUCCGAAUGUAUGCGACAAGUGGAUCGCGAACAGCACGACUACCGCAUAA